CACAAGACAAGGAAAGUCUUUCUUGAAAGCUUUACUGUGCGAUGAUUAAAAUGGAACAGUAGGAAGUGCAGAUUCAAGAUCACAGAAGAGGCCUUAUGAAAAUCUCUAAAAGUCUUUUAGCAGAACCAAAGUCCAUCAUACUCUGGUGUUUGAUUAGAGUAGUCAAAAGAAGCAUUGUCAUGCUGGUAUCUGCCCUAAGAAGAUGUUCUCCUGGUGCGAGAAAAGCAGCAGUACAAGGUGGAGAUGCUGUUCUCAGACAAAGAUGGCUGCACAAUUUGUUAUUUCAGAUUCAUCCAACAGUGCAGGAAGCUUUAGCGGAGGGUGAGCCGGUUGUGGCCCUGGAGAGCACCAUCCUUACACAUGGAAUGCCGUACCCAGACAACGUCAGAAUGGCCAAACAUGUGGAAGACAUAAUUAGGGAAAACGGCUCUGUACCAGCCACAGUGGGCAUUAUAAAGGGUAAAGUUCACGUUGGACUAAGAGAGGAAGAGCUUAUGUUCCUGGCAGAAAACAAGAAUUGUGUUAAAGUGUCUCGAAGGGACCUGCCGUUCGUUCUGAGCCAGGGACUUUCUGGGGGCAGCACAGUUUCAGCAACAAUGAUUGCAGCUCAUCAAGCCGGGAUCCCAGUGUUUGUUACAGGGGGUAUAGGAGGAGUCCACCGAGAUGGAGAAAAUACAAUGGAUAUCAGUGCAGACUUAACGGAACUAGGCCGGACCCCAGUUGCCGUGAUAUCGGCUGGAGUGAAAUCCAUUCUGGACAUUGGCCGGACACUGGAAUACUUGGAGACAGAAGGUGUUUGUGUUUCCGCCUUUGGGGAUUCCAAGGAUUUUCCAUCUUUCUUUACCCCACGCAGUGGCUCCCAGGCUCCGUGUCAUGUCCGCAAUGAGGAAGAAGCUGCACAACUCAUAGCUCACUCUCUGGACCUCAAACUGGGCAGUGGCCUCCUGAUUGCGGUUCCCAUCCCAGCAGUGCACGCUGCGUCUGGCCAGCUGAUAGAGGAUGCAAUCCAGCAAGCGCUGAAGGAGGCCAGGUUGCAGGGGAUUCUGGGAAAAGAGGUGACACCAUUUUUGCUACAGCGGAUUAAUGAGCUGACCGGCGGAAAAUCUCUGGAAUCCAAUAUUGCUCUAAUAAAGAAUAACGCUGGAGUAGGCAGCCGUAUUGCAGUGGCCCUCAGCAAGAUACAAAAGAGUAAAGGAGGCCGAGAAAGGAUUCAGUCUGUCUAAGGCAGCGGGAAGAAACCGAUGCUGAAUCCAGGCCGUUACUUCUUCACAAAGUACUUUGCCCAGCACAUUGUGUUGACGUGCUCCCUUACCAUAUCAAAGCAGAUUGACGAUACAGAGUCACUGUCUGGGAGUUUUGGAAAGGAAGGAGGGAUGCAAUUUGGAGGACAGACCAACCCUGGCCGUGUGCACCAGUCAUUUGGUGGAGUAGGGCAGGAACUUGCAGACUGCUUAAGUCGUCUGGGAGUGAGACCAUUGUUCAUUUCAGCUUUGGGACAAGAUGAGCACGCGCACUCUGUGAUUCAAUACUGUACUCACAUGGAUAUGCGCGGUGUGGCCCUACUGAGGGGCCACAACACAGCUACUUACUGCGCUGUGAUCAAAGACAGCGGCGAGCUGAGCCUCGGACUAGGAGACAUGGAUAUCCACCAGCAGAUAACAACCACAUACGUGUCUCAGUUUGAGUCCCGUCUGCGACAAUCACGUCUGCUGUGUUUAGAUGGAAAUUUGCCACUCUCCACCAUCCAAUAUGUGUGUGAACUUGCCCAACAGAGCUCUGUGCCAGUUUGCUAUGAGCCCACAGACGAGGACAAAGCCUGCAAGCCUUUUCUGUCUGACAGCUGGAGAUCCCUGACCUAUAUUUCUCCCAACCUGAGAGAGCUGAUAUCCAUCAAUAGUACUCUGGGCUACCCAGUGCCGCGUGAAAUUCCUAGUGAACUAGAUGCCGUUAUUGACACAGGAAUUACGCUCUCUCUCCCACUUCUGGAACAUUUGCAUUGCGUUAUAGUGACUAUGGGAGCCAAUGGAGUCCUUUUGUGUGGUCAUAAUGAAGGGGGAAAUGUAUCCCUUUACCCAAAGAAGAAGGGAGAGCUGUGCGCAGCGCAUUAUCCGGCGGUGCCUAUAUCUGCAGAGGAUAUCAUCAACGUAUCUGGUGCUGGGGACAGCUUUAUGGCUGGUCUCCUCUCUGGGGUUCUUGCUGGACGGGACACAGACACGUGCGUUCACAUGGGUCUCAUGGCUGCCCGACUCUCCCUCCAAUCCCACGGUCCUAUUUCUCACAGCAUCUCACCUGCAAGUAUUAGCCAACAGCAGAUUGAAGAAACCAGAUGGCUCCGCCCUAGAAUGUUGGAUAUUAACCCAUAUAAGGGGAAGGCAUUCCUCAAUACUAGCGAGAAGCAGAAGUCUUAGGAAAUUGACUCACUGAUAUAUGUACUAGUUUGUGUCCUUUGGAAAAUUCCAGUGACAUAGGUAUGCGUAGGCCUGGGCCUAGGGCUGCAAAAUGAAAUAAGACAGUCACCUGGGACUGAAUUGUUUAUUAAGUAUCUCUCUUGAUUCUACCUGGAUCUCUUGUUACAAAGUAUUACAAUCAGUUGGAAAGAGGUAAAAAAGGCAAAAUACUAGGUUGUGCCAAAUCAUUGUGUUACACUAAGAGCUCUACAUUUUCUGUAUGUAAGUGAAUUUAAUUAAUAAAUGAAAAUAAAAUAA